GCGCUAUUUGGCGUGUGUCAAAAGAAGCAAUUUCAGUCCAGAAUAAACAAUCUAGCGGUAAGAGUAUGACCACUCUUUGUGGCUAUCCAUGGUUCGGCUUUGAAAAACACAAGAACAUGGCCAUAUCCUUAAACCCCAUCAUGAGCUUCAGCUCAAAGAGGCUGGAAACAAAGUAUCAAGAUGCAACACAGUAUUCAGUUGGGGCUUCUUUCUCAAAAGCCACUCAGAUGACUCCCCUGUCGGUAAUGUCUAGAUCAAGAAUGUUAGUCAAGGAAAAAAGGUUCGGUCAUUGUUUCUCAGUUGCAGAUAGUGAUCAGCUUGCUGCAGCCACCGGUAGUAAGGAUUCUGGUGAUGAUGCUGAAAAUUCACCUUCUGUGAAUCCUGCAGACGAAACUUUCCAAUUGGAAGCUGAAACUAAUGUCGAGUCAGGAUCUCCGACAUCAGAUGAUUCCAAUGGAUCAAUUGACCAAAAGGAAGGGUCAGAAACAUCUUCUGCAACCAAAAGAACAGCAAGAGAUAGGUUAAGGGCGGCUCGAGUCCUCAGCCGGUACAAGGACUCAUCAAAAGAAACUAAACCAGAGAUGGGAAAGAGUGUGCUGGAUGCUUUUAAAGAAAGUGAGAAAGGGAAGAAAAGAUCAAGACUUCCAGAAGCACCUAGUAAUUUGUUGGAUGACAGCAAGCGAGGGAUGCCGAAGCAGGGCUUGACUUUCGAUCUUCCUGGCGGUUCUGAUCUGUUUUUCAUUGUCUUUUCAUUUGUUUUUAUCAGCACAGUGAUGUUUGCAACAACUUACCUUGUGUGGAAAGUUGGUGCAAUCCAUUUUAAUGAGUACUGAGAUGAGUUAUCUUGUUAUAGCUGAGAAUUCAUUCAUAAAUAUAGAUAGCUGAGUUAUAUA